AUGCAGAAGGCGUCGCGCACAGGCACCAAGCUGCAGCAGCAGCCGCCAGACGAAGACGGCUUCGCCCAGCCAAGACGCAACCACACUGCCAAAGGCAGUCGUGCUUGUCGCCACAGCGGUUCUCCAACAUCAACGACGAAGUCGGAGAGGCCCAGGUGCAGGAAGAAGAUGAGACGUCCGUCGCCAUCACCACCAGUAGUCAUCAAGUGGACCGGCGCUUCCAAGAAAAUCAAAACUGCUGUGAAAUGUACAUUAACAAUUCGCAUGUCUGGACGCAGAUUGUGUCAUACUGUCGAGGAUUACCGAAGGGUCAUGGACCACGAAGAGCCUGUGUCUCCUGAGGGGAGCUUGGUGGAGGAGGCGGCAGAAGAGGAGGAGGCGGAGCCGGCGCCGGCGAACACGUGGGAGGCGCGGGUCAGGCAGCAGCGGCUGCUGCAUCAGUUCGAUGCAGUGCACGACGAGGCGCAGCGGCUGCGCGUCAUGAACUUGCUGCUGCAGGCCAAGAUGAGGCGCUACUUAAAGCGGCGCGCCAAGUCCAUGGGCAGCCCUUCGUCCUCAUUUUCCGUGCGGCACCAGCUGGAGGCCGAGAUGAACCGUGCCGCCCUGGAGGAGGAGGAGCUGCAGCAGCGCCUGGACGCUGCACGCCAGCUGGUGGCACAGAGGGAGGCACAGCUGCAGCAGCUGCAGGAGAGGGCCAUGUCCAGGUUGCGUGCACCGCCCGGACGCAGGCAGGAGGCGGAGCGGAUGCUGAAGCGCGUGUGGCCACAGCUGCAGCGACUGUGCAAGGAGCGCCUGUUGCACUCGCGCGCCAAGCACGAAGUGGAAAGUGCCAGACAGCAGGUGGCCGAGCUGGACGUGUUCGGGCCGCAACGCACUCUAGCGGCCUACGAAGAGAUGGAGGCCAAUGCCGCUAAGCUAGCGGAGCGCGAACAGGAGCGCGCGGAACAGCUGUACACUCUGGGCAGCGUCGCAGAGCGGGACCUGCAGCAGGCGGCUCACCUGGAAGACACGCUCCUGGGCACUCGCCAGGACAUACUCGAAGCGCGUCGCAGGGACGUGCAGGCCUCCGUGGUCCUGAGAAUGGUGCGUAGCAUACAGCUAUAG